AUGUACUGCGAAUAUCUUCGCGAACCUCACAAACAAAAUCUCUGCCAAGCUCAUACCUAUGGUGGUGUAUUCGCCUUUUCACAAUCUCUAAUCUUCUUCAUGUAUGCUGUAGCAUUCUGGAUUGGUUCAAUGUUUGUGAACAAUAGCUCAAUGCAGCCUAUCGACGUCUAUAGAGUUUUCUUUGCCUUCAUGUUCUGCGGACAAAUGGUUGGCAACAUCUCAUCGUUUAUCCCUGAUGUGGUAAAGGCAAGACUAGCCGCUUCGUUGCUCUUUUACCUUAUUGAGCAUCCUACGGAGAUUGACUCGCUAUCCGAGGACGGCUUUAAGAGAAAGCUCACUGGGCAUAUAACUUUCCGCAAUGUCUACUUCAACUAUCCCACACGAAAGCAUACACGAAUUCUACGAGGAUUGAAUUUGGAGGUCAGGCCAGGUACGACAGUAGCCUUAGUUGGACGAUCUGGAUGUGGAAAAAGCACAGUUAUGGCAUUGCUGGAACGAUUUUACAAUCCAAAGAGGGGGACUAUCAUGGUUGAUGGCGAAAAUAUCAAAAAUUUGAACAUACGUAGCCUUCGCGAGCAAGUAUGCAUUGUUAGCCAAGAGCCUACACUUUUUGACUGCACUCUUCGAGAAAAUAUCUGCUAUGGACUGGAAGAGGAGCCAACCUACGAGCGCAUUGUUGUCCAAGAAGCUCUGGAAGUAGCAAGCAAAGGUAGAACAUGUAUAGUUAUCGCUCACAGAUUAUCAACAAUUCAAAAUAGUGAUGUUAUAAUCAUGGUUCAGGAGGGUAAAUCUGGUGAUAGGGGCACGCAUGAACAAUUGCUGAGACGAAGUGAUUUGUAUAAAAAGCUAUGCGAAACGCAAAGACUUGUG